UCAUUGGCAAUCUCCCUACUCAUCUCUGUUAUACUUAUUAAAUUUUUUUGUCAAAACAUUUUAAUGUUGGCCACGUGCUUAGUACGCCGCCAUCUAUGCGGUCGAUACGAGCAAUUUUGUUAGUGCCCCAAUAUAUUAGAGUAUUUCUACAGAAAAUUAAAUCAGUGCAAAAUAUUGUCUUAACAUUUCCAAAAUUUCUUGACUUGCUUUUUGAUAACAUGUCAGGAACAGUAAACAAUAUUUUAACUAAUAGAAACCGAGACUGCAUAGCUUGUAGACUUAUAAGCGGUGCUGGCUUGAUUGGUGCUGGAAUUUACGUUUCUCAUCAUAGAAAAAAGUUUAAUAAAACUAUUGGCAAAUCAAUCAUGUUUUCCAUCGCAUGCGGGUUGAUGGCUCUUGGCUCUGCAAGAAUAUUGAAUUUACCUCCAUUUCAAGAUCAAUUUGGAUAAAUAAAAAUUUUCAUAUGUAAAAA